GGGAGCUGGGCGAGGUGUGCGAGUUCCCUCGGGCCACCUGGUGGCCGGGAACAGACCUGCCCCAGGUCCUGCCCUCACCUGGGGCAGUCCCCGCCCAGGUCGCUGCUGGAGACGGAAACAGUGGAGACCAGGGCCAUGGAAGAAAGCCCGGACGGGGGACCCGAAGCCUGGGGCCCCUCUGGGGGGUGGCCAGCACCCCGGAAGGCCAGAGGAGGCCCAUCCCUGUCCUCCGUGCUGAACGAGCUCCCCAGCGCAGCAACCCUUCGGUACCGAGGCCCUGGGGCGCUGCCUUGGGGGCGGCCGGAGGAGGAGGACGGAGGAAGGAGCAGCCAGGCCUUCGCAGAGGCCGCCCAGAACGAGCUGCAGGAAGCUCGGCUUUUGCGGGAGCUGCCGUGGCCCAUGCAGGCCAGACGGGCGCACAGGCAGAGCCACGCCAGCGACCAGGCGGCCCAGGUCUCGGGGUCCACGGUGGCCCACUGGGCCCGGCGGCUUCGGAGGUCCAAGGAGAAGAUGCGAGAAGGCCUGCGCUCCCUGCAGCCCUGGGCCUGGACGCUGAAGAGGAUCGGGGGCCAGUUUGGCGCCGGCACCGAGUCCUACUUCCUGCUGCUGCGCUUCCUGCUGCUUCUCAACGUGCUGGCGGCUGGGAUCAAUGCCUGCAUGAUGCUCCUGCCCACCUGGCUGGAAGGGGCCCCCCCGGGACCCCCUGGCUCUGGCAACUCCUCGCACUGCGGCUUCUACAACCCCCACCCCCAGGGCCUGCUCUCCUUCUCCACCCAGCUCUUCAACCUGCUCUCCGGGGAGGGUUACAUGGAGUGGUCCCCUCUCUUCUACGGAUUCUACCCGCCCCGCCAGACCCUGGCCCUCACCUACCUGUGCUCGGUCUUUGCCAUCGGCCUCCUCUGCCUUCUGCUCAUCCUGCAUCGCUCGGUGUCCGGGAUGAAGCAGACGCUGUUGGCCGAGUCGGGGACUCUGACCAGCUACAGUCACCGCGUGUUCUCGGCCUGGGACUUCGGCCUCGGCGGGGACGAGCACGUGCGGCUGCGCCAGCGCCUCAUCCUUUACGAGCUGCGGGUGGAGCUGGAGGAGGCCGUGGUGCGGCGCCGGGCUGCGGUGCGGACGCUGGGCCAGCAAGCCUGGGUGUGGUCGCUGCGGCUGCUGCUCAACCUGCUGGUGGUCGCGCUGCUAGGGGCGGCCUUCUAUGGAGUGUACUGGGCUACGAGGUAUACGGUGGAGCUGCAGGAGAAGCCCUUUGUCCAGCAGAUGCCCCUGAUAAAACUCGGGGUGGAUUACCUUCCGUCUAUCUUCAUCUUCGCGGUCAACUUCUUCCUGCCGCCCGUGUUUAACCUCAUUGCCCCUUUGGAGGGCUACACUAGGAGCUGCCAGAUCGCUUUCAUCCUGCUCAGGACCGUGUUUCUCCGCCUCGCCUCGCUGGUGGUCCUGCUCCUCUCUCUCUGGGAUAAGAUCACUUGCGGGGGCGACGCCGAGGCCGCGAAGUGCAAAGUCUGUGGCUACAAUUACAAGGAACUUCCGUGCUGGGAGACUCGGCUGGGGCAGGAGAUGUACAAACUCCUGAUCUUUGAUCUGCUGACUGGCUUGGCAGGGAUACUGCUGAUCCAGUUUCCUAGAAAGCUGAUUUGUAGCCUCUGUCCCGGGGCGCUGGGUCGUCUGACGGGGAACCAAGAGUUCCAGGUGCCCGACGAGGUGCUGGGGCUGGUCUACGCGCAGACGGUGGUCUGGGUGGGCAGUUUCUUCUGCCCUCUGCUGCCCAUGCUCAACACGGUCAAGUUCCUGCUGCUUUUCUAUCUGAAGAAGCUCACCCUCUACUCCACCUGCUCUCCGGCCUCCCGCACCUUCCGUGCCUCCACGGUGAAUUUCUUUUUCCCCCUGAUCCUCCUCCUGGGUCUGGCCAUCUCCGCUGCUCCAGUGCUUUACAGCAUCUUCCUGAUCCCACCUUCCAAGCUGUGCGGGCCAUUCCGGGAGCAGAAGUCGUCGAUCUGGGCCCAGAUCCCGACGUCUAUUAAAAGCCUCCCUGAUACUGCCCAGAACUUCCUCUUCUUCCUGGGGACCCAGGCUUUUGCUGUACCCCUUCUGCUGAUCUCCAGCAUCCUGAUGGCAUAUACCCUGGCCCUGGCUAACUCCUAUGGACACCUCAUCUCGGAGCUCAAGCGCCACAGAGAGACGGAAGCGCAGAACAAGGUCUUCCUGGCACAGCGCGCUGUGGCGCUUAGCAAGGCCAGCGAGGCUCUUUUUCCUACCCAGCCCGGCUCGGGAUGAAGUCCCACCUUCAGGCCCCAGACCAGUCCCAGACUCGCUGCCACACUCUGCAAACCCCGACCACGUCAUCUGUAAAGUGGGAGUUUGGGAGAAGUUUCCAGACUCUUCCAGCCCUGGCAUUCCAAGAUUUCCAGGGCCCUAGAGCCCCGCCGCCCAGUCCCCGACUCGCUAGCGCACCUUUCUUUUGCAUCAAUAAACACAGCUGGAGGCUGCUGAGCGCA